GAAAUUGUCGAGCAAAACAGUCAUUGUCCUGUGAAAAAUCGAUUGAAUUUCUACCGUGGUACACUCUGUGCUGUCAUUUCAUGAGCUUUUCUAAAUUAGUUCAAUAGAAAUCAAACGCGAUUUUUGUAUAAGCUACAUAUAUGAUUAAAGCAUUCUAGAAAUUAAUUAAAAGGAAGCUUUAAAUAACCACGAUCUCACGCAUGAACCAACAUGAUUGUUGCAUCUGGUGUGGAUAGCACUGCUUCAUUGGGUACUGUUGAGGUCACAACUCUUUUGGGCGCAUUUUUUGGCGUAUUAGUGCUACUGCUCCUGCUGUUCCUCUAUAUAAGUCGCAGAUGCUGCUUUCAUCAUCGCCAUGGCAUCAACUGCUGUGACGAGCGACACUUGGCGGCCAAAUGUGUGCAGAAGAUUACACGGAAACGUCGCUAUGAGAACACCAGCUCCGACUCUGAGGAGGAUAUGCUGCGACGCCUUCGCUGGCAUCAGCAGAAUAAUAACAUUCUACCAAAUGGCAAAUUUGUCGGCUAUGGCAUGGGCAUUGACCAAAGGAAUCCAUUGACAGGUCACAAUUUCAAUUAUCAUCAAGCUGACCUGCAAAGGGUCACAGUGACACGUGACCCUUUGGCAGUUGCUGAGCGGGGCAAGGUCGGCAUUCCUUCAUCGCACAGCGAGUGCAGCUCCAAUGAUUCCAUCGAGGCGUCUGUUGACAGUCACACUGGCAUUUUGACAGGCGAAAGCAGAGCUGUUCCGGUAGCAUCACUGAGAAACUCCUAUGCCAAGUCACAGAAAUAUCAGCACAAAGUCGACGUGCUGCCACCGAAGCCCGAGAAAGAGAGGGAUAGCGUGAUGGUGGUUCCAAUUGCUAGCUUAAGUAACAACAACAAUAAUAGCAUUGCAAACAAUAACUACAAUCAGAGCUGCAACAACAACAACACCACCACAACCAGCAGCAGCAACAACAACAACGAUGAUGAACCUCUUUUCGAUACCAGCGACUUGCGUUCCAUCAAGUCCGAUGAUAUCCUGAUCAACGAUCCGAAGAGCACAGCUCCGCGAGGACCCAUUGAACUGGAGAUGUCCUUGCUGUACGAUGCGCCCAUGCGUAAAAUGACGGUGCACGUGAUGCAGGCAAGAUGCCUGCCACCAUUGGGUAAUGGCCAGCAGACGCACACCCAGGUGCGCCUUCUGAUGCUGCCCAACAAGAAGCAAAAGCACAAGACUAAGAUACGCAGUGGCGAGAACCCACAGUAUAUGGAAAGUUUUCUGCUGCAUCGUGUAAAUCCCGAGGAUGUCAACAACAUGGGCCUUCGGGUGCGUCUGUAUGGAUGUGAGCGGCUGCGUAAGGAGCGUCUCAUAGGCGAGGCCUAUGUGAGUUUUGCUACUGUCGAUUUGGAACUAGAGACUAAUCUGUGGCUGCCGCUGGAGCCACGCAACACAACAUCGCUUUUGGGAUCAACAAGCGACCUAUUGAGCUUGGCCAGAUCGGACAGUGCUGGUUCCACAUCCUCCAUGCAACAUGGAGGUGUCUCGGAACUGCUUUUGGGUCUUAGCUACAACGGUGUGACGGGUCGACUUAGUGUGGAGAUUAUCAAGGGAAGCCAGUUUCGCAGCCUAAUGCUAAACAAGGCGCCGGAUACAUAUGUCAAGCUGUGUAUGGUUAGCAGCAUUGGUCAGGAGAUUUCACGCGCCAAAACGUCCAUACGAAGGGGGCCCAAUCCGCUAUUCAAGGAGACAUUUGCGUUCCAAGUGGCGCUGUUCCAGCUGAAUGAUGUGACGCUCAUGAUCUCGGUGUAUGCCAAAAGGCACAUGAAGAAGAACGAGAUGGUCGGCUGGUUUAGCUUGGGCCUAAACUCAUCAGGACCGGAGGAGUGUGCGCAUUGGGCAGAUGUCUGCGAAAUGCCCAAGGGAGAGAUGCUGGCGCGUUGGCAUGUACUGGUGGAUUCCUGAUUCGAGCAGUUGGGACAGUCCUCAGGACUCAGCAGUAAGGCGCUCAAAAAACUGGGCUUUGCUGCGUUCAAGGACAAGUCCAAGGAUAAAGCGCGUAAGGAGAUGGAUGAGGUUCAAUUCCCUGCAGACAAUGCGGUUGCAGUCGACAUUGAGCCCGGCUUGGAGCUUGAUUUUGUCUAGAAUUUGGUCAGUUCUAGUAACCGGUUGGUAACCUUAAACAUUUUGAUUGGGGUUUUUUUAAGUGGAGCAUAUUUUGAUCGUUAACAUUGGUAACAUUGUGUUCCCCCGAAAACUACAUAUUGUAAUUUUUGAAAAGUCUGGUUAGCAGCCAGAUGUUAGUCCACGAAGGCUAAACAAAUUUUUUGUAAUUUGGAAACAAAUCAAAUUUGGCACACAUUUCUUAUAAAAUGUGUGAAGAUAAAAAGAAGCAACACAGAUAAGCAAAAACAAUUAAUUAGAAUACUAAAAUUUUGUACGCAACUGCAUAUGCAUAACUUAUUACUAAAAUUUAAACUUUAUAAUUGUUUGUGAUAAUCGAUAUGAUAUGAAAAAGACAAAAUAACAGCGACAUGUAUUCGCAUGUCAAUUUUUUGUAAUUACUAUUUCUCUGCAACUUAACACAAUAUAUCUAACCGCAAAGGUUUUGAUGGUCCCAAAGGACUAGCACUUUUUUUAUUACCAUUAUUAAGAAAUCCAUAAGAAAAGCAAAAACUAAUUAUAUACAAACAUACAUACUAGCAUUGUUAAACAUGUGUGUUAGACAGAACAUUUGGAUGUGUGACAACGACAAAGAAAUAGCUUUUAACAUCUGGAAUGGUUAGUGAAAGAAAAUAAACAGAAUAAACCAAAUUGAAAUAAACACAGCUAUAUAACUACUAAUGUUUCGUCGUAUUACACAUUUCACAGUGUUCUGGCUAACGAUCUGCAAAUAAAUAGCAAAACAGCCACAAUUGUAGCCAACGCAAACCACAUUACAAAUGCAAAAAAAAAAACGAAA